CUGUAUGUUAACCGAUAGUGUUCGCUUUUAUACCGUAUGCUAUAUAUGAUUCAUUGCAAUAUACCUAGCUUCGACUCGGCAAUCGAAAGAAUGGAAAUCGACGUGAGAAAAGCAAUAUGGAAGAUGAAACGAUCGAGUCGUUGUCGAUCAAACUGUGUACGGUGUUGGAUGAUAUUGGAGUGACUGAAAAACUGAUAAACUUCAGAAGGUAUGUCUGCACUCUGCGCGAGGUUUACUUUGCAAGUCUGAAUGAUCAUAACAAGGCUGUAUUACACACAUUUGGUAGCCAAAUGGAGGGAUCUACCACACUCGGCAUGCGUUCAGACCUUGAUAACCUGUGCCAAGCCACCUGGAUGACUGCAUACACAGAACUGAAGGAUUGCCGACAAACCAAUAUUGACUCAUUUCUUGCAAUAAAAACGACAACGUUGUGUCCACAAUUUUACAGUCUACAGUAUGUUAUGCAACUACCAGGCAAUAUACUUUUUCCUGCCCGAAAAGAAUCAUGUGAAUUUUUAUUAUUGGAACUUCCUAUUAUAGGCUGUAUGUUUAUGCUAGAUGAAGAAGAUCGUGUAGUGCUUUCCAAUCAGAUUUAUUUAAAUUCUUGUUUUCAAGAUAUGAUUCUUGUUCACCCGAACGAUAAAUACCACCAACACGGACCGGCGCAAAAUCUUAAUGACAAUGAAGACUAUGUUGAUGCUGUACAAUGUCCAAAUUUGCCAGUUGAAUGUCAAGUUUUGUUUUCUAGACCAAAGCCUGGUCAUUGGCCUAAAAAGGUCACAAUAACGAAGGCGAAAGAGUGUGGAGUUUUCUUUAUUUACCCGGGAAAUAUCGGACACACAUUUACGUAUAACGUUGAACGUUCAAUGGUUUUAAUGAAUGUAAAUUAUCAAAGAAACAUCGCAUCACGUCAAUUUAUAGUUUCUACGAACAAGAUAGAACUUUUGCUGAUGUGUGACCUCAACAUUGUACAAAUGAAGGCAUACAUUCUCACAAAAAUGAUACGUAAACAAUUCCUAAAACCUAUCGUAGGCGAUCAACUGAGUACCUUUCAUGUAAAAACGGCUCUGCUAUUCACAGUCGAAAAAUACCCAAUGGAAAUAUGGAACACCGAAAACCUUGUGAAUUGUGUACUUUUUUCUGCGUUUUCUGCAAAGACGAUAUUGUCCACAUUAUACCAUUGCCGGUGUUAAUUUGUUUGCAGGGAAGCUUAAAGUCUGCGAAUUUGCACCUUUGAUUGAAGAACUGACGAACAUUAGUAACUCUGGUUUGCAAUGUGUGUACACGUUAAGCUCAGACUUUUUAGGUGAACGAUUGAAAUCAUUUCAAGCGACACCAACUAUUGCACCAAUGUCAAGAGAGUGUUAUUGGUAUGUUACCAUGAUACGAUUGUCGGAAGUUUUUGAUAGUCAAUUAAAGGCAUAUUUUGUCCAGAAUAGAAAACAACAUACGACGCAAAAGUUCCGAACACUGAUGAAACAGUUUGCUAAAAACUUGGAACAGUCAAUUUCAAACCGGGGAAAAUACCUUUUUGAACUUGAAUUCUUAUAUCGAAAACUCCUCAACACAAUGGCUACCACAGACGCAUCUGCCAAAAUAGCUGAUAAGAAACCCAUCACUGACUACAUUUACGAAAUGUACAAAAGUUCCUUGAGGUCAGGCCAAAUCUGUAUUUAUUUGAAAUAUGCAUCAAUGCUUGUCUGCAUACAUGAUAAUGAUAGAGCCGUGACUUUGCUUAAGGAUAUUGAGAGCAUGAUUACAUCAGAUAUGGUUCAAAUCUCAAUGCUACCUGAAAAGAAAUGUGUAAAACCAGUGAUUGACAGAGCUCAAAGUCUGGCGCCACAUGAAAUUGCCAAGAUUUUAGCAGCAAAGAUUAUAAUGAAUGUAGAAUUCACAACGCUCGAAAUGAAUUGUGCUCCAAGUCAUUUAAUGUAUGAAAUGUACAAGAUAUUAACAGAAGAUGAUGACAGGGUGCGAUGUAAUAAAAUCUCGAAGGAGAUUGCUGUCAUUGACGCCAAACCGUUCCUGUACUACCUGCAGUAUCUUGCACACGAAGAGACUGAAGGUAAAUAUUCUUCCAAGAUUAAACUUUUUAACUAUAUAGAGUCGCUUGAUAUUCGUCCCGUGGGUCUUUUCGAUACGGCAUACAACUUGAAGGGACAUAUUUUUGAAUUGGAAAAUGAAGCAUCAAAGACUUGGCAAGCUUACGUUACUUCAGCGACAUUAGUACCUCGCAACAACGCAGCUUACUGGCAUAUGUGCCGGCUGUUCAGUCAAUAUGUAGCUGACAAAUCGCCAUAUGAAAGGACAAAAUAAAUCCUUUCUUGUAAAAACACGAAAACAGACAGUGACGUUACAUCGGCUCUUCUGACCCAACCCUUCAAAUCAAUUGUUGAUUCCUUGGGGAUCAAAAUUAAACGUCAUUGUAACAGUUUUAAAUUAUAUAAACGAAUUACUUUUUAUUUUAUUUUCGGAGAUUGAACGGUGUGAAUGAACGCAUGUUCACAAAGUACUUUUAUUCAGAAAAUCUGUAAGUACGUUUACUGACUACCAUGAUAGGGCUGGAAUACCGUUGGGUACGGCGAAAGUUCCAAAUUAACAAAACAAUCAACAAUUAUAAACUUAUAGUUUAGUUGGCCACUUAGAAAAGCUAAAUAAUGUUAAUACUAUCGAAGCAUUAUAUAAGUAAACUUUAUGACAGUUGGUUUAAACAUAAAUUAAUUGUUAUGGAGAAGCAGACGUGUAGAAUACACGUUGUUUCAUCUGCAGUGAACCUAUAACAUGUUAUCGUCAUGAAAUUUAGAUGUGAAGGACAGUUUCCUGAGAUAUUUACUCUUGAAGCUGUGUUGUUGGGUGUAAGUUAUGCUGUAGAUUAACAUUUUGUUAUGCAGGUAUUUUUGAAACAAAAGUCAUUAAAUUAUGGUUUUUAUAACUGUAAUACAACAUUUGGAUUGUC